AUGCUGUUCCUGGUUUUCUCUCUUACCCUGUCCAUGGGGUGGACCGGUGCUGUGACCCUGACCCAGUCUCGGAUUGUGGGAGGCUGGGAGUGUGAGAGGCAUUCCCAACCCUGGCAUGUGGGUUUGACUCACAAUGACUUCGCAUACUGUGGGGGGAUCCUGGUGCACCCCCAGUGGGUGCUCACAGCUGCCCAUUGCUCCGUAUAUGGUGGUCAGGUCUGGCUUGGUCGGCACACGUUGUCUGAAGAUGAGGACACAGCCCAGGUGAUCAAAAUCAAUCAGACCUUCUUACACCCGCUCUACAACACCACCCACCUGAAGCACCAAACACUGGAGGUGUUAGAGGACAGCAGCCAUGACAUCAUGCUGCUCCACCUGUCGAAGCCCGCCAAUAUCACAGACGCUGUGAAGGUUGUGGACUUGCCCACCCAGGAGCCAGAACUGAGGAGUAUCUGUUACACCUCCGGCUGGGGCAGCAUUCAUCCAGAUAAUUUCAUUCGCCCAAGGAGUCUCCAGUGUGUGGAUAUCAUACUCCUGUCCAAUGACAAGUGUGAAAAAGCUUACGCUGAAAAGGUGACAGAGUUCAUGUUGUGUGCUGGGAGCUGGGAUGGCGGCAAAGACACCUGUAUGGGUGACUCAGGUGGUCCACUCAUUUGUAAUGGGACACUUCAAGGUAUCACGUCGUGGGGCGGUAAGCCAUGUGCUCUGAGACAAAAGCCUGCCCUGUACACCAAGCUGUGGCAUUAUCUGAAGUGGAUCAAUGAGACCAUCACUGCCAAUCCCUAAGCUUUCCUCUCCUAUCACCACCCCUAGUAAAAUUGAGUACACAUCAAGUUUUGACAUCACCUGGCCUUUCUAAAUUUGGGCUUCUAGAGGCUUAGAACUCAUCUGGCCA